CGACAUUCAGCACUGACCGACUAUGCUAUGGUCUGUACUAUACACCACAUCCCGAUACACCCGGCCCUCCCUGUAAGUAAUCGCCAUACACACGCGUGUGUGCAUCCACACACGCCUUCAUCCAUACAUACGUACCCGCGAGCCAUCGGUAAGGAUGGCACCACGAUGACGUCGAGAGAAAGAAAGCGGGAAGGAGGGAAUAACGAAGAGAAGAGAAUGAGAGAAAAGUAAAAAAGAAAAAAAGGCGCGGCAUAGCCACCCCGCCCGAUUGUCCCUCCCUCUCUCCAUCCCAUCAGGUGCGGCUGGUCGCUUCCGAAGCACCUGCAGAGGGGCCAUGGGUGAGAUCCUUGACUUGCGGCAGCGGUCUCUUGGACAGAAUGGACACGCCCCGGUGGUGGAAGGUGUGCCCCAAGAUGUCAGCCAGUGAACGGCUGGAGCAAACGACCACAGACGCACACAACAUGCCUUUUCGUCGUUUCACCCACGUGCCACCCAGCCACCCACCGACCCACCUGACAGAGGUGAGGCUGAUCAUGCCCGACAUCCUGCCCCUCUUGUCGGUCAAGAAUAUGCGGUGGAUCUUGGUCGCCACGAACCGAUCAAACACGUCCUCAAGCUCGCUGAUCUCGGGCAUCGUCGCGUAGGGGGGGUCGGGCUGUGGUGGAUGGAAGACACACACACACACACAGACGGGUGUGGUCAGGGGAAGGGCCUUGAUGCCUGCCGUCCUUGUGUGUGGGUACCCUGCGCCCCGGCUGCCGCACGAAGUUGACGUACUCCAGCUGAGAGAGAGAAAGAGAGGGAGAGAGAAGGGGAGAGAGAGAGAGAUGCGUGAGCACGGCCGUGGCUGGCUGGCUGCCUGGCCGUCGCUCCGCUCACGGCUGGUGAGUUGAGAAUGUCCUUGGAGGGCAGGGAGUCACUCGCCAAGAACAAGUACUGACCAGAGGAAGACACACCAAGAGAAGGCAUUCAUUCCAGAUGCUUCUCACCCUCCCUUGUCCCUCCUGCCCGUCCUGUCUUCCUCACCUUCAUAUCUCUGACAGUGAUGACCUCCCUGACUUUGCUGAAGUCAUUCUCGGCCACAAUGGGCACAGCCGAAUAGCUGUGACGCUCCAUCAUGUGCAACGCCUACACAGACAGACAGACAGACAGACAGACAGAGGGGGAGGGUGCAGUGCCGGCUGGGUGUCUUGUGUGUGUGUGCGUAAUCACCUUGAGAAGCGUCUCGGUCUCCAUGAUGGUGACCACCUUCUCCUUGCUGCCCUGCAACACCUGCUGCCUCUGAUGGACGAAUGACAACACAUUCACACACAGGCGGACAGAUCUCCAUCAGGAAACCAACUUGUGAGUACUGCCGGUCACCUCACCUGCUUGGGCUCGAACUCCUUGACCAAGUCGAGCUUCUGCAGUCACGGAUGGACCCACACAUACAAACAACACAAACAGUGGACGAAGAUGGACAGAUCGAUGGAUGGAUCGAUGUAUGGUGAGUGAGUGUGGCAUGAAUGAUGUGGCACAUACACACAUACACACACACCUGCAGGAGAGUGAGCAUGUCGACGGGGCUGAAGACCCGCACUAUCUCCUUGUCCUCAAACACGGCACUGACAGAAAGAUACAUCACACAGACACACAGACAGAGGGACGCAUGACGGGAUGCGCCGCCCCUUCCUCCCUCUCUCUGUGUGUGUCUGUCGUAUUCACUGCUUACACCCUGGCGCAGUUUUUGAAUGCGGAGCACAGCCUGGCCACGCUGUCGUUGAUGUCAUAUGGGAUGAACGGGGUGCGACCGGACGCAUCUGGACACAUCAGAGCCACACAUGCAUGGACCUAUGCUUAUGCUUGCUGUGUGUGUGUGUGUGUGUGUGUCUUACUCGCGAUGGAUCCGACAGUAGUGCUCUUGCACAUUUCCAAGAUCUCACUGAAGGACUGCACACACAAUACACACAACACAGAGCGCUCGACUCGACCGCCGAUCCCUCCCUUCGUUCCUUUCCGAAUGACCGACCGACCUUGUUCUUCCAGUUCUUCUUCAUCCUGAUGAUGUGAUAGCUCACAUCCUGCCAACCAAGCAACCACACGGGCACAUACGCACACCGCUCUGCUGGUCCCCUUCCAAUGCAUUGCAAUGCAUGCAGGACGUAGAUGCGUACCCGCACGUCGAUGAAAGAGUAGCUGACUCGUCGGCAGCAACACCGAUGCACAUUGUCGUGACGAACCACCGCACUCCGCAGCCUGCAGCCACACACACAUACACACCGACACGAGUCUUCGCAGAUCUUGAAUGGCUGGCUGACUGGCUGGCUGACCGUCUGUCGUGGAUGAGUUCGCAAAACCUGAGGAGCGUCUCGCUCUCUUCGAGUACCAACACCGUCUGAGGCGUCAAGUGACUGAACACCUGCACACACAUGCCAACCACAGGCAAAGAUGGGUUGAGGUGCUCUCCCUUGUCUGUAUGUCAAUCGACUGCAUGCCAUGCCCACCUCCUUGGCCUUGCGGUUGACGAAUUCCUUGAGGGCCUCGCUCUGACAUCCGCCGUACUUGCUUGGCGCCACCGACGGUGCCAUGCUCAUCUGCGCAGAUGGCGGUGGCAUGCUGGCCUCGCCGAAACCCAUCGCCUCAGCUGAGUCGCGGCUGCUACGGCGCAUCAUCGAACUCGCAGGGCUGCCGUCACUGAUGCCGUGUGUGAUGAACGACGGCACAUUGGACGGGCUGUCUGCGCCGGAUUGCGGAGGCGGCUCAAUCAUGUUUGCGCUGGCCUGUAUGCUCAGGUCAACGCUGCCCAUACGGACGCAAGAAGCGAU